CCAGAGCUGCCCUCGGAGCCCGGCGUGGGCACAGCUGCAGUGGCCAGUACAGAGACACCUCCUGCCACCAGCUCCUCUGGACACAGGGCUGGGCUGGCCAGGGCAGUCCAGGCUGCUGCAGCAUGUGAGAGCCCGAGCCAGCACGCAGUGGGGGCGAGGGAGCAAAGGGAACCUAGCCGGAAGCUUCUCUAGAGGAAGAUGGAGAACCCACUUCUUUUAUUCCCCCAACUCAACAUUUCUGCUUCAAAGGAUAAACCCUAUUACAAAGUCAUGAAACCGGCGAUUAAGGAAGAGCCAAACAAGGCAAGCAAGCCUGGAGCUAAGCAGAAGAGAAAUAGGCUGAGCCUGCUCCUGCAGAAACCUGAAUUCCAUGAAAGUGAUCACCUUGGCAAACCUGGAAACUUGACAAAAGCAGCAAGCAGUGUGUCUCCUGAAGAAGCAGUGAAAUGGGGAGAGUCUUUUGACAAACUACUUUCUGAGAAAGCUGGGCUGGAUGCCUUCACAAAGUUUCUGAAAACUGAGUUCAGUGAGGAGAACAUCGAAUUCUGGAUAGCCUGUGAGGAUUACAAGAAAAGCAAAAGCGCACAUGAUCUUCUGCCAAAAGCCAAGACCAUUUUUGAAACAUUCAUACAGAAAGAUGCUCCAAAAGAGGUGAAUCUGGACUUUCACACCAAGGAAGUCACAAGCCAGAGCAUGGGGCAGCCCCUGCGCAGCACCUUCGACGCGGCGCAGAGCACGGUGUACCGGCUGAUGGAGCAGGACAGCUACCCGCGCUUCCUGCGCUCCGCCGCCUACCGGGGCCUGCUGCAGGGCCGGCCCGCGGCCCGCGCCCCGCUCCGCCGCCGCUCCCGCUCCUUCACCGUCAGCGACUUCCAGGGCGUGCGGCCGGACCUCACCGUGUGGUGACAGCGCAGCUCAGCCCUCCUCACUCCCUGUGUCCCCGUGUGGGGCCAGCCCAGCUCAGCCCUCCUCACCCCGUGUGGUGACAGCCCAGCUCAGCCCUCCUCACCCCCUGUGUCCCCGUGUGGUGACAGCGCAGCUCAGCCCUCCUCACCCUCUGUGUCCCCGUGUGGUGACAGCCCAGCUCAGCCCUCCUCACCCCGUGUGGUGACAGCCCAGCUCAGCCCUCCUCACCCCCUGUGUCCCCGUGUGGUGACAGCGCAGCUCAGCCCUCCUCACCCCCUGUGUCCCCGUGUGGUGGCAGCCCAGCUCAGCCCUCCUCACCCCCUAUGUCCCCACGUGUCCCUGUCCCAGCUCGGCCCUCCUCACCCCCAGCUCCUGCAGCAACCCGGGUGUGUUUUAAACACCAAACCCUCAGCGGGUGUAACUAAGUGGUGAAGCAAAAGAAUAUUCACUUAUAGCAGGUCAGAGUUCUGGAGCAGAAUCUCACUUUCAUAGAAAAGUAGGUGAUGUAUUGGCAAGUCAUAACAUGUGGAGUUUUCAUAUAGGAAUUUAUUUUUAAACUCACAGCAAAGGCUGUGAUCAGAUUUGGGGGAAAAUUUUGAUUUUCCUGCUUAAAAAUGUCUCAUAUAGUGCCAUUUGAUAUUACCAAACACGUAUCCUGGGCCUGUACCUUUAUGCCAGAGUUUCAUCACAGUUAGAAUAUCUGUAUCCAGUCUUUGCACACAUUUAUGUUUUUGCAAUAUUUCCUACACUAAGCACAGAGAAUUUGUGGUAUUUUCUGAUACUGUAAAACACACAGGAACAUUAUUAGGUAUAAUGCCAAUUUACAUUUAUUUUAACUAAAGACACUGCAUAAUUAAAUCUAUAAUUAAAAUGUGGCCAUUGCCUAUUUUAAGAGGAACAUAAAAAUACCUAUUUAAUUUUUAGGUUACAUUUUUCUUAUUCCACAUGUCUGUUGUCUAUUUUUAAGUUAUGAUGUAUAUAUUAGCUUUGGCAUCAAAUGCAUGUAUUCUAAUUUUUUGCAACUAAAUGAGCAGCAGCAAGGGGACAAGAAUGCUAUUUUAACACAAUGUGUAUUCUUAAAUACCAGCUGAUGUCUAUGUAUAUAAAUAUAAAAUAUUUCUACUUUUAUUUAUAAAUAGUCAUGGUAUACCAACUUGGUUACUACAGCUCUUGGACUCAGGCAGGACAACUUUCAGUUCCAUUGGACAUUAUUAUCCUCUCUAUAGGUUAUAGAAGAGGAAGGAGAAAUCUUUUUUAUUUCUUUACUAUCAAAGACAGACAUAUUUAUUUAUAGUCAGCGCACACAUUCAUUCAGCCCUUUUCUUUCACAGUUGAUGCAGACAUACCUUGAAGCUUGGGGCAGUUCUUAAAAUCUUAAACAUUGGUUCAGUUUAGGAAGGGGCUGCAGGAUUUAUCUGUAACUAUGACUUGUAUAUUACAUUGUUUAUUGUGGAAUUUAAGCUUUCUCCCUUUCCCUCCCCUUUCUGUAAAUGGUGAAGGAGAAGAGAUGCAGUUCCUGAGGAUGGGACUUUGUGUUCAUUGUUAAUUUGGGGUGUAUAAGAGCUUCUGGAUCUGUAGGUUUCCCUGUCUGCUUUAUUAACUUCCAAUAAAUCAGAUCUACUUAAAGAGUUGCCAGGAUUUGAUUUAUCAUC